AUGUGGCAAAGAUUCCUUAUGGGCUUGCUGGCCAGGAGGCGGUCCUCAAAAGGGACAUGUAAGGUGUUGGUGGUCACAUUCCUUCUACUGUGCCAAACGUCACGUGCUACGCAGCCCAGCCCGAAGCUGAUAGGGACUUCGGCGGGCGACGUCACGAUAGGAGCUCUGUUUCCCGUUCAUGAGGCUCCAGAUUCGGAGAACGCACAGAGCAGAAUCUGCGGCAGGAUUCGCGAACAAUACGGGAUCCACCGAGUCGAGGCGGCAUUUCAAGUGCUGGACGAGAUUAACAAUAAUCAGGAACUCCUGCCAAACAUUACGCUCGGUAUCGAAAUCAGAGAUUCCUGUUGGUAUCCGCCAAAAGCAUUGGAACAGAGCAUCGAAUUCAUUCGGGAUACGAUUGCGAUGCGCGACGAUGCGAAUGGAACGUCGGGAUUCAGUCCCAGCGGGGAAAAGUGUCAUCGCGGCUCAAAAAACACAAAAAAUAUCGUCGGCAUCAUCGGGCCGGGCUCGUCAGCCGUGACCAUCCAGGUUCAAAACUUGCUCCAACUUUUCAACAUUCCCCAGAUCGGCUACUCGGCGACGUCUCGCGAACUGAGUCGCAAGGAUUUCUACAAAUAUUUCCUCCGAGUGGUUCCUUCCGACGAGUUUCAGUCGAAACUCAUGGUAGAUGUGUUGCUCAAAUUAAACUGGUCGUACGUGAUCACUGUGAACAGUGAAGGCAACUACGGUAAUAGUGGUAUGGAAGUAUUUCACACUCGGGCUAAAGAAGCGGGAAUUUGCGUGGCUACCACAGCCGUUAUAAACCACAACGCACCAUUCGCGGAAUACGAAAUGCUUCUCAAGUCCCUCGAUGAAUUCCCAAACGCAAAAGUGAUUGUUUGCUUUUGCGAAGGGUACACCGUGCGUAGUCUACUAAAUGCUACGGCUGAGAUGGGUUUGACGGGCAAAUUCGUUAUCUUCGGCAGCGACGGGUGGUCGGACCGAAUGGAUGUCGUCUCGAAUCUCGAGAAUCAUGCUCAGGGCUCCAUUUCAGUACGGCUCCAUACAAAUUACGAUAUGGAUUUCGAUAAAUACUACUUCAAGCUGAAUCCCUUCAACAAUACGAGGAACCCUUGGUUCCGUGAGUUUUGGGAAGAUCGCUUUGAUUGCUCAUUCAACACGACGAAAGCCGCUCAGGGUGUACGCAUGUGCACCGGUACAGAAAGACUUGGUCAGAAGGGAACGUACAAGCAAGAUACAAAGCUAGAGUUUGUGAAGAAAUCCAUCUACACGAUGGCGCAUGGACUACACAACAUGCAUAAACAAUUCUGUCCGAAUCACACCGGCCUCUGCAGUGCCAUGCUGCCCAUCAAUGGCUCCAUCCUGCUCCAUCACCUUUUCAAGGUUCGCUUUCAGUACGGAGACGACGUGCACAGCAACGAAAGCCGUGUCUUCUUCAUGGACAACGGAGAUCCUCCAGGACACUACGACAUCAUGAAUUUCCAAAAGAACGGAGAUAAAUACGACUACGUUCAAGUUGGAGCAUGGAAUGACGGAGAACUCAAUCUCUCCGGGAACAUCCAAUGGAACUAUAACUGGAAUCUCUCCAGAGACCAGACACCCGUUUCAAUCUGCAGUAUGCCAUGUCCAAAAGGCCAGGUGAAGAACGUUCACUCAGAAACGCUCAAAUGUUGUUGGACGUGCACAGAAUGCAAGAAGAACGAGAUUCUAGUAGAUGAAUUCACUUGCAAAGCAUGUGAAUUGGGAUUCUUUCCCAAUGAUAACCUUACGGAUUGCGAGCAGAUCCCGAUCGAACAUCUGCAUUGGGAUGACUCUGAAUCGAUAGUGGCUACCUCGAUCGCCGUUGGAGGAAUUGUUCUCACCGCGCUCGUCAUGGUUGUCUUCUUGACUAACCACAACACGCCGAUCGUCAAGUCGUCGACCCGAGAGCUGUCCUACAUCAUCAUGCUCGGCAUGCUCUUUUCGCAUGUGACAACGUUUGUCCUCUUGGCCUACCCAACCUGCGAACGUUGCAUGGCGGCCAGACUUAUACCAGGGAUGAGCUUUUCCAUCAUAUACAGUGCGCUAGCCAUAAAGAACAAGCGCAUUUCGGAUUGUUUCCGACGAUCUCACAAAAUGAAGAUGGAGAAAGAGUCAGGAUCGCAUUUCACCUCGUUGAAGCACCAGCUGAUCGGCAUCGGCAUCACGAUUGCCAUCGAGGGUACCUGCUGUUUCAUUUUUCUCACUAUGGAAGCUCCAGACGCCGUGUUAGUGUACCCGGACGUCAGCAGGGUUAUCAUCAUGUGCAACACCACCACACAAGGACUUCUGUUUCCGCUGGCUUAUCCCUGCGGACUUCUCGGUGUCUGUACGUACUUCGCAUUCCAAACGCGGAACAUUCCAGGGAACUUCAGUGAAGCUAAACUAAUAGGCUUCACUGUCUAUACCACUAUUGUCAUUUGGAUCGCAUUCGUUGCAAUAUACUUCGGCAGCAAGCAUAAGGUGAUUUCCAUGUGUAUCUGCACUUCUCUGGCGUCUCUUGUUUGUCUCAUUGUUCUCUUUAUGCCCCGAACAUAUAACAUACUAUUCGAGAAGAAAUCCAACGUCCGGUCACGUUUUGCUGCAACUAAUCCUGAGCUCCGAAUGCAUGUUGGAAACUCCAACGUCUCCCGGAAUUCGUCCACGGGCGACAAUAAUCCUUCUGGAAGGUAA